AUGGAAAUAGUGUGUAACUUUCGUAAAUGCAGAAAGUCCUUAUCAAGUCAAGCGUGGGUGACAACAUGUUCACACGCAUUCUGUGUUGAGCAUGGUAAAAGAGAAUUCAAAAGAACUGCUGAAAACUCGUUGACUUGUCCAGCAUGUGGAGCAGAACUACGAGAUAAAUUUGAUGUUAUUCAAGCUGAUCUUAAACCUAACGAAACUUUUAAAUCUAUAGUUCUCGCAGGUAUGAGACCAGAUACAAUUAUGGAUAUUGCUAUGCGAGCUAUGUCUUUCUGGGCUUAUCAAGUGGAACAGGAAACUUUAUACCAGGAGAGCGUUGCGAAACAUGCAAGAGAAAAACUUCAGUGUAUGGAAGAAAUAAAUACAUUGAACUUACAGAAAUUAAAAGCCGAAUUAGAGACAUGCAAACGUAAAAUUAAUUCUUUGCAAUCGGAAUGUAGCAAGAGGAGUAAACAAGCUGAGGAUAUGAAGGCACGCCUAGAGGAUAAAUCUAGGAAAAUACAGAAGUUGACUUUUCAGUUGGACUCUCAAAAGAGAAAAGACAUUCGGAAUUUCGGUGCAGUUGACAAUCAGGAAAAAUGCAUGGAUAUAUCUGAUUUAGUUGCAAAAAGGGCGUCUUCAGAUUUUAUCUUCCGACCUGCCAAGGAUGAUGAUGAUCCACAUCGAAUUUGCUCACCGAAGACACCGAUGUUCGACUUUCGAAACCGAAAUAAACAAACAUCACAUUUUCACUUCAGGCCGGUAAAAUCUUAA